CAGCAGACCUGCCACUCGUGCGGUGGCAUCGGCCACAUGGGUCGUAACUGCCCCCAAACCAUGAAGUGCUACAACUGCGGCAAGUCUGGCCACAUCUCCCGUGACUGCCCUGAGGCCCAAGGGUGA